UUGCAUAAACCUAGUCAUACCAAAGACUAUUUAAACAACUCCUCCGCUUCUUAAUCCUCACCUCCUUCAAUUUCUCCCAACAUCUGAUCCACAUUCCACAAUCACCAAAUUAUGGCCGGCAACUCUCAACAACACCACAUUGUCAUGCUACCCUUCAUGGCUCAGGGCCACAUGAUACCUUUUUUGGCUUUAGCCAAGAAAAUCCAUGAAACAACUUCUUUCACAAUCACCAUAGCCACCACUCCUCUCAAUGCUCAGUAUCUCAGAGCCACCAUCUCUGCAGAGGGCUCGAAAAGCCCCUCGAGCCCGGGAAUUCGGGUAGCAGACCUCUCUUUCAACCCUGCAGACCAUGGGUUGGAAUCCAAAGCAGAGAACACUGAGGCCUUGGCUUUUGAUGACAUGUUGAAGCUGUUCAGGGCCUCGGUUUCCCUCGAGUCGCCUUUACAUGGUCUCAUCUCUGAGAUGACACUGCAGGAAAAUGGGAAGCCCCCACUGUGCAUCAUCUCUGAUUCUUUCAUGGGGUGGGCUAAUAGAGUUGCAAACACUUUUGGGACUGUUAAUGUCAGUUUCAAUACUGGGGGCUGUUAUGGCUUUGCUGCUUAUUUCUCUUGUUGGCUCAAUCUUCCCCAUCUUUCAGCUAAAGAUGAUGAAUUUAGCCUGCCUGGUUUCCCGGGUUCGACCCGUUUCCAUAUUUCUCAGCUCCAUCCCCUUCUUAGAGCUGCAAAUGCCACUGAUCCAUGGACAGUGUUCUACAGGUCUGUUAUGUCUCUCUCAUUUGACUCAUUUGGAUGGCUGUGUAAUACAGUCAAAGAGAUUGAGCCUGCUGGCACUGAUAUACUCAAGAGUAUCAUAAAACUCCCUGUUUGGUGCAUUGGCCCACUUCUUCCACCAGAAAUGCUUGAUAAAGCUAGGGAAUUGGAAUUGGAAUCGUCUCAAAUGUGUGGAACCCUAGGGAGAAAUCCUGGAAUUUCAGCCAGGGAAUGUAUAGGGUGGUUGGAUAUGCAUAGAGACGGGUCGGUUCUAUACGUUUCGUUCGGAUCCCAGAACAGCAUCAGUGCUUCUCAGAUGAUGGCAUUAGCCCUGGGAUUGGAAGAUAGCCAAAAGCCAUUCCUUUGGGUGAUUAGGCCUCCCAUUGGCUUUGACAGGAAAGGAGAGUUUAGGCCCGAAUGGUUGCCCGAAGGGUACGAAGAGAGAAUGGGAAAGACCAAGAAGGGACUUUUGGUCCAUUCUUGGGCACCUCAGCUGGAGAUUUUGUGCCACAGAUCAGUCGGGGCAUUCUUGAGUCAUUGCGGGUGGAACUCUUUGCUGGAGAGCUUGAGCCAGGGCAUCCCGAUCAUCGGGUGGCCUUUGUCGGGGGACCAGGGGUUCAAUUCGAAGAUGUUAAUGGAGGAAAUGGGAGUGUGUAUUGAGGUGUGCAGGGGGACUCAGAGUAGUGUGAGCAGAGAAGAUGUGAAGAGGGUUGUGGACAUAGUUUUGGAGAAGGGAGGGGAGGGAGAGGAGAUGAAGAAAAAGGCAAUUGGAAUUGGGGAGAUGAUUAGAGGAGCUGUGAGAGAAGAUGGAAGCACUAAAGGAAAAGGAAGUUCCCUUCUAGCAAUGGAUGAUUUUGUGUCUGCCCUUCUAGCUAGAACAACUGUUUCAUCACCAUGAUUUCUUAUCACACAACACUACACUCAUGAUUCUUUACCCAUGUUCUAUUCUUUCUUAAUCUUUUUCAGUCAAAGAAUCAAUGCUCUCAUCAC